AUUCGUUUUCCGCUGAUUCAGGCAAGACUGCAAAACAUGCCUAAACGCAUGUAUAAAAGUGAGAAGGACACGCUGUUCGUCCCAAACCAUCUCUCCUCUACCAUCUCUACCAUUCCUUGUCUGCUUCAAGAACAGUGUGACCAUGGCAGUGUGGCUCCAGGCUGGUGCUCUGUUGUUCCUGUUGGCCGUCUCCAGUGUGAACGCUAACGCAGGGGCCCCGCAGCACCUGUGUGGAUCUCAUCUCGUCGAUGCCCUCUACCUGGUCUGUGGGCCAACAGGCUUCUUUUACAACCCCAAGAGAGAUGUUGACCCUCUUAUGGGUUUCCUUCCUCCUAAAUCUGCCCAGGAAACUGAGGUGGCUGACUUUGCAUUUAAAGAUCAUGCUGAGCUGAUAAGGAAGAGAGGCAUAGUGGAGCAGUGCUGCCACAAACCCUGCAGCAUCUUUGAGCUGCAGAAUUACUGUAAUUAAAGAACCUAUAUGUCCUGUGACAGCUGUCAAUGACUUCACCACCUGUUUGCACACAGGUAUCAGCCUUAAUGCUCUUGAUUUGUUUUUCAUAGAAAAUAAAAUUUUAUCAAAUGAA